AUGACAAGGAGAAUAAGGAAGAUGAUCUUCCAAGACAAGAAGUUCAUCCCAAAGAGGAACUUCAAGAAGGACAAGGGAGAAAGUAGCGAGAGGGAUCCUCCCAUAUACUUGGAAUGCAAUAAGCUGGGUCAUAUUAGAACUGAUUGUCCCAAAUUAAAGAAGCCUUUCAAGAAGUUCAAGAAGAAGGCACUUAAAACAACAUGGGAUGAAUCAAGUGACUCUGAAGAUGAGGAGAUUGAUGAUCAAGUUGCCCAAAUGUGCUUCAUGGCAAUGGAGGAAAGCUUCAAUGAGGUAACUUUAAAUGAUGAUGUUCCUAAAUUUUCUUAUGAUGAACUAGUUAAUGCUCUUAAAGUUAUAAAUAAUGAACUAGAAUUAAGUCAUAAGAGAAAUAAACUUUUGAAAAGUGAGCUUGCUAGUUUAAGGAAGGAGAAUGAGACCUCAUCUAAGGUUGAUAGACCUUUAGAUAGAAAGGACAAACUUAAUGCAAUUUUGGACUCUCAAAGGUCUCCUAGCAUCAAGUAUGGACUUGGCUAUAGUAAAUUUUCCCAAACACCUCCUUCCAAGACCAUCUUUGUUAAAGCAUCUAAUUCUAAUGAGCCUAGUCCUCAAAUGCCUAAUCUAAAGCUUGAAAGCAAGUGGUACUUGGAUAGUGGAUGUUCAAGACACAUGACCGGAAAUGCCAAUCUCUUCCUUUCACUUGUAAAGAAAGAUGGAGGUGGGCAAGUGACUUUUGGUGAUAAUGGUAAAGGUAAAAUUGGGGGAAUAGGUAAGCAUAAAAGGCUUGCAUGUGCUAGCAUGGACCUUCUUGCAAACUUGAACAAGGAUGAGCUAGUUGAUGGGCUACCAAAGAUCAAGUUUCAAAAGGAUAAGGUGUUUGGGUGA